AUGCCACGAAGGAGCAGCUUGAACUUCAAAAGCGGCCUGCUCGUCCACAGAGAGGAAUCCACCACGCCUCCAUAUGAGCAUGGAGGUGACGGCAGCGCUUUCUUCGCCCUGCGGAGCUGCCACCAGCUGCUGCACGGCGACAGCGGCGAGUUCUUCUCCCCAGACUACCUGUGCUCCAACCCUUCUCUGUGGUGUAACUGGACCAUCCAGGUGGAUGCUGGGAAGAGGAUUAAUCUCCACCUUGAGGACUUGACUCCUGAUGAUUCCUGCCACCUCAAAAAGGACCAGAUCCACGUGGAUGAGCCCACCGGUCACGUAGUGGGCCACAAGGUCCUGCAGAAGUGCUGGCGAGAGGCCAAGUACACGUCGUCCUCCAACACUCUGUAUGUGGUGCUUCUGAUUGGUGGCUGGCCCAGCCCACCGUACCGGGGCUUCUACGGCCGCUACCAGGCCUUUGGACCUCCGGUGGUCUACAACCCACAGGAAGGCUUUACACUGAGAAGCAGUGAGUCGGAACCGUCUGCUGCCCACAUGGACACCGGUGAAUUUGAAACGGUUAUGAACAGUGAAGCGACAGAGUCAGUAAAUUCUGAUUUGACACAUGGUUAUUCUGAUCAGCGUAAUAAGGAGUGGGACCAGGCUGCAGACAAUGAGGUGGGUGAAAACCUACAUCUGCCCUCAGAGAACUACAGUCAUGUCUACCAGUUCCCAGCUGAGCCCACGACGCCCCCCUACAGGACCGUCCGAUCAGGAAGAGGUGUUCCUCACCAGGUGAGCAGGUCUGACACAGCGGUUCAUCCUGACGACAGCCAGCAUCAUGAGCUGAGAACCAGCACCCCAACGGCAAUACGAAGGAACGUAGAAGCUGCAGAGGAGAGCAGAACACACAGACGGCUGGAGGAGAAGUCUGCAGAUGGUCCAGAAGAAGCUGAAGAAGAAGCUGAGAACAGGAUGGACGUCAUGCAGCCGUCUGAGCAGCUUCCCUCCCCCUCAGAGGGAUCGGAGCCACAGCACACCCAACAGAGUCAUCCUCAGCCCAACAUGGUGGAGCCGCUGUCAGACCACAGAGGGAUCUUGAACAGGAGAAAUCACUCUGAAAGCCCACAUCUUCCUGGAGAUCACCUGUUUGAAAUAGCUGUUGAGCUGAACUUCAGUCAGGACCUGGAGGAGUCCUGGGACAACGAGGCCAGGUCUCUGCUGCUGUCAGUGAAGAACAUGAUCAGCAAGCAGCUGGAGAUUCUGCACACACCACUUUCCAUCUCCUCUAAAAGAAUAAAAAGGCUGAAUGCAGGAGUGCUGUACAUCCUGUGGCUGCAGAUCGGACAGGAGCCUGGAGGUCUGCAGGUCCACAGGGUCAUCCACUCGGCCCUGCAGAGCCUCAUCGCUGCAGGCGUCGGUCUCAGAGGAAACCACAGGAAGGCCGUCAUCCUGUCUGUGUCGACGGCAGAUGUCAAUGAGUGUGGGACCCAGCUGGUUCUGUGUGACAUUAAUGCAGACUGCGUGAAUCGGUUCGGCUCGUACUCGUGCCACUGUCGGCCGGGCUUUCAGGACGAGUCCCGCCUGGGAUCCGGAGGAACCAACUGUGUGGAUGUGAAGGCUGCAGGUUGCAGCUCAGGACUAUCCUCUGAGGCUAAAGGUGUCUACGUGCUGUUCUUCCUGCUCAGCUCCCUCAUCCUGAUGCUGCUGGUGGCGGCCGGCAUGAUUUACCAUCGUCACCGCCAGGGAACGUUCCUGGUUCGCUGCCACAGCAACAGCAGCAUCUCUUCCCCUGACCACAACAACAACCACCACCAUCCGGAUGACGGCUACUCCAGCCCUACGGACUGUGACCUGCCCCCACCACCUCCACCUGUCCGUGGCCCCAGAGAGGGCUGGGGCCAGGUGAAGGGCCACGGUCCAGCUGUGGACCUGCCCCUGCUGCGCUUCAGUCCGCUGCUGCCACCAGACAGCUACAUGGAUCCACAGGAGAGUGGAAAGAUGUGAACUGACAGCAACAAAGUAUCUACAUUCAUAAAAAUCUCUUCUAAUUUUGUGUCUAAAUGAUGAAUACUGUUGUCCACUGUUUGUAACCUGCUCAAUUAAAGUCACAGUUAAAGCAUUUCCUAGUUUUGUCAUGUGGGUCAAUCUACAGGGUGACCCAGAAGUUUGGAAACAAAGUUUAACUGCAGUGUCUAUUUGAGUUGGGGGUGCAUGAAUUCACUCUUAUUUUACCCAUUUUUGUUAUAGCAUAAUAAAAUAACUUAAAAGCAUAGUAUUUGCCAAGUGCAAUAACUCAGAAGAAAAUGAAUAGAACCAUAAGGUCCAGGUAUGCUGGAGCAGAACUUCAAAAUGCAGACCAUCAGUGUCAGAUUUCAAAACUCUUGAUGGUAAAGUAGCUGACAGUUUUAAUUUUUUUAAACAUCCAAAAGCACUAUGAGGCAACAUUUACUGACCAGUUUGAGGAACCUUCAUAAGCAUGAAUGAAGAUGCAUACCAGUGUAACCAGUUGGUGGAAACAUUCACAACUUUGUAUAAGAAACAAACAUGAACAUGUCGAAAUAUGUUUUACACUAAUCUGAUACUCUUCUGAAUAUAUCUGUGGUACUGAUUUAUUGAAAUAACAUAUUAUUUGGAUGAUAGACUUUUCAUUUGUUUCUAAACUUUUGGAUCAUUCUGUAUAAUUGCGGGACUUUUUUUUUUUAGCCUAGUUGACUUUUUUGCUGUUUUCAGGCCUAAAAUCAAAAUUGCCGCCUUUAACCAAACACCACAUGACAUUUUUAGAGAACGAUUCUUCUAAAUAUUCUAAAACAGCUGAAUAAAAUUGAAAUCAAAAGUUAUUUAUAAAGAUAUUGUUGUAAACCUGCUGACUAUUUUCUAUUAAAUAACUCCGAAAGCC